UGUCUCAUACUCUUUUGUUAGCCAUGCCUAGCCUGCUGGUUCUAGCAGGGAUCAUGGAGAAAAAUGGGGGCUACGGCGGGGAUCUGGCCAGCUCCGGCUUUGGAAGUGAGGGGCUGCUUGUGCCGCCUGACGAGGAGGAAGACGACUCCCGUGCCCUGAGGGUCGCGUUGGGCCAGUUGUCUCUGUUGGGUCUUGGGGAAGCCGAAGACGGCGGUGGGGCUCCUGCCACGGGAACGUUAGACCGGAGUAACAACAAUAAUAACCACCACAACAACCACACCAACAAUGUUGGAGGAGGAGGUGGUGGGGAGACCGGGCUUUUGCAGGGGAAGAGCAAGUUGUGUGUCCUGUAUGAUGGUUCCUCCACCGAAACGAAAGGACGUGGCUGUAACAUUACCGAAUGUGUCCCUGUGCCCAGUUCUGAACAUGUGGCCGAAAUAGUAGGGAGACAAGGGUGCAAGAUCAAAGCUCUUCGGGCCAAGACCAACACCUACAUCAAGACCCCCGUGCGGGGCGAAGAGCCUGUCUUUCUCAUCACAGGGCGCAAGGAGGACGUGGCCCUGGCGCGGCGUGAGAUCAUCUCCGCGGCCGAGCACUUCUCCAUGCUGCGGGCCUCCCGCAACAAGCUGGGCAUGUCGUUCAGCGGCUCACCCCCGGCCCCGCUGCCCGGGCAGACCACCAUCCAGGUGCGAGUGCCGUACCGCGUGGUGGGGCUGGUGGUGGGGCCCAAGGGCUCCACCAUCAAGCGCAUCCAGCAGCAGACCUGCACCUACAUUGUCACGCCAAGCCGCGACCGCGACCCCGUCUUUGAGAUCACUGGCUCGCCCGGGAACGCCGAGCGCGCCCGCGAGGAGAUCGAGGCCCACAUCGCGUUCCGCACCGGCGGCCUGCACGACCUCAACAACGAGAACGACUGCCUAGGGCCCGAGGCCGGGUCCGGUGGUCUGGAGAGCCGGCUGCAGCAGGUAUGGGGGCUUCAGGGGGGCCAGCGCAAACCGCUCGCUAGCAGCUACCGGCAGAACUUUCCGGACGCUGUCGUGGGAGGCGGAGAUGGAGGUGGAGGAGGCGGGGGGAUAUACAGCAAGGGCGACUUCCCCAACCCCGGCGAGAAGCCGUGCUCCUACUUCGGCUCCGAGGGGACCCAGUGCUGGGGAGACCCCGACUACCCCAAGCAGGUGGCUUUCUACACCCAGCAGCGCUCCAAGAGCUUCGGUGGUCUGCCACUGCCUCUGACCAGACUCUCCCCGGGCCUCCCUGAGCCGUGCAGCACCACGACCAGCGGGUCGCCCCACUCGCAGGCCCGGCGUGCUCACAGCGAGCCCAUCUCUGCUAGCGCCGCCUUCCCUGGCCGGCUGCCAGUGCCGGACUCUCCCCCUGCCACCGUCCGGGACUGCAUGACCUGCUUUGAGAGUAAGGUGACUGCCGCCCUGGUGCCCUGCGGCCACAACCUCUUCUGCAUGGAGUGCGCUAUCCGUAUAUGUGAGCUCAGCCAGCCCGAGUGCCCCGUUUGCCAUACCCUGGUCACGCAGGCCAUCCGAAUAUUCUCCUAA